AUGUUCUCGAAUCACGUCUAAACGACCACCGCACCCAAUAAACAUCUGAACGUUUGGGCAUCCACAACUCCCAAGGUCACUGCGACUGUGUGGUGGUGGUAUUCUCAGCCAUAGUUGCGCGGGGCUCGCCGAGCUCCAUUUAGUUGGCAGAAGGGUGUGCACCACUGAUAGUUCUUGUUUCACCCGCACACGAAUUUGUUUUUUUUUUAUCUAUUCCCUAAAUGCAUCCGACGGGCCAUGGUCGUCGUGUCCUGACAGCAUUAGUGGGGUGUAUUUACAUGUGCUGCAAGUAAACAAUUCGUGAGACGUCAGGCUAGUUAGUUUGUUACAAGGACAAUAUUAUUGCUGUGUUCCAAAAGUAAUAUAUCCCCGUUGUGCUGCCAAUGUCAACUCAACCCAAUCGAUAUCCGCAACAAAAUCCGAAUCAGAAACCUGGUCUAGCAUCCACAGCUCCAGCCAUGUCUUUCCAACGUUUUUGUCUCAGGUGGAACAAUCACCAGUCCAAUUUAUUAUCAGUAUUCGAUCAGUUACUUCAAGAUGAAAGUUUCGUCGAUGUAACUCUAGCUGUCGAGGGACAGUUACUUAAAGCACACAAGAUGGUGUUAUCGGCUUGCAGUCCAUACUUCCAAGCAUUGUUCAUGAAUCAUCCGGACAAGCACCCAAUUGUGAUAUUAAAGGAUGUACCUUACGCAGACAUGAGAUGUUUAUUGGAUUUCAUGUACAGGGGAGAAGUUAGCGUAGAUCAAGACAGGCUGACAGCCUUUCUGAGAGUGGCCGAAAGCUUGAGGAUAAAAGGUCUAACGGAAGUAAAUGAAGAAAGAUGUGAUAAUAUAGCUUCCUCGCUUACACAACAGAAUUUACAAAAUUUACCGGAUUUGCAAAGGCUCCAGCAAGGGAAGAGGGUCGGCAAUAAUCUGAACAUGUUGAGUAACGCUUUGAUGCAACCGAAACGGAAAAGGGGAAGGCCUCGAAAACUGUCGGGAUGCUCCAACGGUCCUGAUGAUUUCGAUAAGGAUAUCGUUCAGGGUAGCCCGGAGAUGUUAGAAGUAAAAAUGGGAAUGGACAAUUUUACAGGCAAUAAUUCUGAUACUAGCGUUAAAAACGAAGUGGACAUUGACGAAACCAAAAUUAUUAAAGAAGAGCCCGAGCCAGUAGCUGGAUCUUCGAAUGAUCAAUCGGCGUAUAAUAACAAAAUUUCUGAUGACUUUCACCCUGCUGAUUAUCAGGAAAAUAACCAAAAUCAUACAAAUCUUCCAUCAAUAACCAUGGAAUUGAUCCCCCCGAUUAAACAAGAAUCCGUAAUAAUUUCGACCGAAUCCGCUAGAAAUAUGCUUCACGAAUCGAUAGAAAUCGAAGAAAAAUUCGAUCCCUCCGACGAGCCGGAAUCAUCUCAAGGAGUGCAUUUUCUCACCGACGAUAAGAUCGCCACUCCCGAUUCAUCGGACGACGGUGAAAACUAUGUGAUAAAGAAAACUGAUUUAUUAGAAUAUCUAGUACAAUCGGACGGUACCGUUAUAUGCAAGCGAUGCGGCGAGGUUCUCGCGUCGAGGACUCACUGGUACCGGCACAAGUACAAAGUUCACGUGAAAAAUUCGGAAAAAUUACUGAGACCCGCUUCUUUGUACAAGUGUCGGCAUUGCAACGUAUUUUUCAAAAGUAGGAAGGGUUACACUGGUCAUAUCGCUUCCAGGCAUUCGGGCUCCAGCAAAGCCAUUAAGCUCGCGGUGAGGGAGGAAAUCGUGGAGACCUGUACGGAACCGGUGGCGCGGAAACCCGAUAAAACGGAGAAAGUAAAUUGGGAGGAACAGCGAGUGAAAGAGGAAAAACUGGUCGCGGAUAUCAUAAACAGGGUAAAAAAGGAAUGCGAAGCUCAAGGGACGACUGUCUCGAGAAGAGGGUACUGUAGAAGAACGACUUCCAUUAUGAAUACCGCGUAAGCCCUACAAAUUGCAUGUGCCAAAUUUAAGAGUAUUUUUUAUAUUAGUAGAUAAUUCAGUUCCUAACGUUUCUUCCUAUUAUAAAAAACAAGUGAAUUUCUGUUGGUGUGAGUUUGUAUAUUUAAAACCAUUAUUAAUUUAAGAUGUUUUGAACGGUGAUGUAAAUGUUCAACUAUAAAAUUAGAAAACGCGAUUUAUUGUGAAAACUACACGUUUCGAAUGGAAUCGAAAAAAAAAUGGUUUAAACGAUUUUGUCUAAUUAGGACUGUUGCUCGUGACCCGUCAAAAUACCCGAACACCAAAUAGCCUAAGACAAAACAGCCCAGACAAAAUAGCCCAGAGACAAAAUCGCCCAAGACAAAAUAGUUCAAACACAAAGUAGCAUGAGACAAAAUAGCCCAAAGACAAAACAACCCAAACACCAAAUAACCUGAAACAAAAUAGCCCAAGAUAAAAUAAUCCAAACACAAAAUAGCCAGAGACAAAAAACCCCGACAAAAUAGUCCAAACACAUAAUAGCCAGCUCAGACAUAACAGCCCCGACAAAAUAGCCCAAAGAUAAAAUAUGCCGAGACUAAAUAGUUCAGAUAAAAUUAAAAGCGUGCAUUAUUUAUUAGAUUUCCAGAGGCAUAUAAUAAUAAUAAACCAGCUGCGUUAUUAAAAGAGAUAUCAUAGAUUAUACAUUCAAAUAUUUUUCCAAAAAAUAUUGAAAUAAAUUAAAUAACUUUCCAUAUUAUGUUAGAAUAGAAUCUAUCGGUCUGUAGAUGGUUUUGUAUACUGCCAUCAUUGCUUUCUUUGAUAUUUCUUAUUUCAUUUUAUUUAAUGCAAUUUUAAUCCGUUUAAGUUUAAUCAUGAUGGCUGAUAAAAUAACGACUGAUUGGUCUAAAAAUAGCUCGACAAAUUCUUGAUUUGUGAUAAUGGUUAUACUAUGAUACAUAUGUUUUUUCUCUUAAGCUAUUUUGUCUUUGGGCUGUUUUGUCUUGCGCUAUUUCAACGGGAUACCAUUAUUGCUAAUAUCAUCAUAUUCUGAUUAAGGUUGUGAAAUUUUAGUAUAAAAAAUAUUUGAACUGUGCCAAUAGAAAUAACGACUUAACGGAUAUCGUGAUUUAUAUGCAACCUUCUCCUGUCUCAAUUUUUAAAAUAUUCUUAAUUAACAGUGUAAAUUAUUUAAAUAAGUGAAUCAAGUAAAGUAAUUAAUGUUUUUCGUGUAAGUAAAUUUAACGUUUCAUAAUCAAAGGAGUAUAUUUGUACGAUUUAACGGAGUUGUUUAUUUAAUUAUACACUGUUAAUGUAAUACUGUAAAGAGGAGUUUCUUUGCUCUUAUUGGCAAUUCAAUCACCUUUUACAAAAGCAAAGUAAGCCACUUUAUGGUAAAUAAGUAUCUUCUAAAUUUCUGGAAUUUAUAACUAAAUUAUCAAUGCUCUACUAAACUUUAGUAUCUUAUAGUAAGUAUAUUUUUAUAUAAAAGCAAUGUAUAAAGUACAGAUUUUAG